CGCCCCGCAUCUUGCAGUCUUCUUCUCCACUGAAGAUCUUUAGCAGCGUUGUUUGCGUUUUCACGUCGACGAUAUUGCUAGCGGAGAUCUGAGGAACCGCCUCACCGUUUGUGUAUCUGGAGACGAGGAUGGAGGUGCGGGGGAAGGAAGGGUCCCACCCAGAAUGGAUCAAUCUGGACAUCUCCCGCCUCCUGGACUACAGGGGCAUGGAGGAACUCAUCGCCAAAAUGCUCCGUCUCCACGAAGUCUUCUUCAUGCCCGAGUUCAACCGCUCACCGGCCGAAAAACACGACUUUCCAGACUUCGGCGCAAACCGGCUCCAAAAGACUGGUCAGAAGAACGUAACGGACGAAAUAGCCUACUACACCCGACGAGCAGUGUCUACGGUGACCGACAUGCCGUGUAUGGCCAUUGCGGAGCGUCGGGUUGGUCUGUGGAGGAGGGUGCUGGGAGCGUGUGAGGCACACUGUUACAGUGAUGGGAACAUUCGCCGAGCCAUCCAGUCGCAAACUUCGGAGCAGGACAGGGGGGAGAAGGAGAUGGACGAGACAGACACUAUCGAGAGACUCUCGGUGGAAAAACUCUCGGGGAACGAGAUCUUGGUCGAGAUCGGGGUAAAGUCGACGCUGAUGAUGAUGUUUGCUCUCCUGCGGCAGGCUUGGCAGCAGCUUGCCUGGCAGAAACAGCUUGAACGAACCCUAGCAACCACCACCCUCGCUGUAGCCUCCCCCACCCAAUUCAGAGCCCCCACAAUCAACCUCCCAAACGAGAUCCUCCGUUCGACUCUCGUGAUCCUCCAAGCCAUCCCUCCACUAUCUUUCUCAAACGAACGCUCCAUAUCUAGUCUCGGUGUUGGCUGCCUCAAGCAGUCCACGGAUUUCCUUCUGUGGGUCCUAUCUCCCGAGUCUAUGGUUGACGAGGAGGGAAAGAGGCUUGCUGCUGAAACAACUAUCAGCAUAGCUCUGCAGUACGGGACCCUCGGCUCUCUACUGCUGUGGGUGGACAGAAUGUUCACCUGCCUGGCUAGCUACGGGGAGAGGGAGGAGGGGGAGGAUGGACGAAGAGAGAGACCUCCGUGUCUGUCGCGGGAGUUUUGUGAUCGCGUACUGGAGGAGAUUAGAGCAAGAACGCAAGUGACGUUCCUUGUUCCCUCAAGAGAGGGAGUUCCGUUUGCGCCAAAGGACCUCUCAUCUGAUGGCCACAUCUCUUUGCUGGAAUUCUGCCUCUUCCUUGUUCAAGAGUUGGCAGACCUGUGUCGUAGUUGCACAGACUAUUUCUCCAGGGGAGUGGCAGGGAAGCAGGAGGAGAGAUUCCUCUCGGAGGCCUGCGAGGCCUACGCUUUUGGCAGCAACAGCAGCAGUCAGCUUGCAAUGGGCAGUCAGGAAAAGGUCCUGGAGGCCACUCAUGUGCCUCACAUGGCAAAUUGUCAAGUGGUGGUGGCGGGGCAGUACUGCACCUUCGUGAUAUACGCAGAUGGCACUGUUAAGGCAUGCGGCAAGGGCAGCUAUGGUCGGUUGGGUCUGAACAACAGUGACAACCAGCCGACUCUGAAGCAGAUCACCGACUUCCCUCCUGGAAUAAAGAUCAAGAGAAUGGCCACCUCUCGGGGCUCCGACGGCCACUCCAUUGCGGUGGACCCGGAGGGGAACUGCUACAGUUGGGGAGAUGGCAACUAUGGAAAGCUGGGUCACGGUGACAAUAUGACUCAAAAAUCUCCGCUACCGAUCCAGGGACUGGCUGGGAAGCCGGCUCGCUGGGUCUCCUGUGGCAACCGACACAGCGCCGUGGCAACCAUGGACGGAGAGCUGUAUACCUGGGGGGAGGGGGACUACGGGAGAUUAGGUCACGGGACAACUGGUACGCUGAAGAUACCCACAAAGGUCCAGAACAUAGAGCCAGCGCCAGGUCGACUGCGGAGCCUCUCACACCCUGUGUCUCAGUAUGGACUCCGUGAGAGUCUGGUCGUUUGGAGCUGGGGACUCUGGGAAAUUGGGCCACGGGGACACCAACAGACAACUGCUUCCCAAGGUGGUUGAAGCACUGAGAGGUGUUCUAAGUCAGAAAGUCUGUGCCUCCAGUCAAUUCAGUCUCGUCCUCUCAGCAGCUGGAAAGGUGUAUUCGUGUGGCAAUGGUAGCGGAGUAGGAAAGGGAAACACGGAGCCUCGACAGUACACUCCAGUCAUCAUUGAACGACUGGAGCAAGAGAUCAUCAUCGACAUCGUCACUGGAGACGGACACUGCCUCGCACUCACUCAGAGAGGAGAGGUGUAUGCGUGGGGGACCAACAGUAUGGGUCAGUGUGGACAGGCCCACAGCACUGGCUCCAUCACCCUCCCGGCCAAGGUGAAGGGACUCCAGGGGAAGCAGGUCCAGCAGAUCACUGCCGGGACCUCUCACAGCAUCGUCUGGACUGCCGUUCCCCUCGAUAGGCGAGCAAGCUCCAUGUGGCACUGGCCAUACUGUAUCAACGUGGGAGAGAGGACGUUCAAGAACCUUCUCACACUUCCUCACCAAAUAUGGGGACGUCAGUAAUGACCAGCUCCCUCCUCCGUUCACUGAGAAGAGUGUUCAGGAGAUGUUUUCUCUGGGGAUUCUCUCCCUCACCCACACCCACCUCUCCCUGGUGGUACCACUGGGAGCCCAGUGCGUCCACAUGGCCUGCGGGGCUCAGGUCCGCCCCCUCCGCAACUUCCUCUUCAAACUCAUGGACUCUCACCUCCCUCCGGACCUUGACCUGGAGGCAAGCAGAGCUCUGGAGAUAGGGCAGUCGGUUCUCCUUCCUCCAGUCCUGGACAGAAUGGACCUCCUCCUGGCUGCGCUGCCUGAAAACCCCUCAGACUUUGCCUCACUUACUGCUGGACAGUGCCGUCAGGUGGAAAUUCUGCUGGCUGGAUUCAAGAACAGGAACGAAAUGGUGGCGAUAAUAGGCAACGAGGACAUGCUGUUCAAGAGAAAGGACAGGAAGAGCUGGACGGCCAGCACCGUUCGCCUCUCCAAACUCUACACUCUCGUAUUCCGCAUGACUGCUUACCUGGAGCACUCCAUUAUCGUAUCUCUCAAAGAGGAGAAACCGUCUCACGAGUACCUCACUCCUGGCUCCUCUCUUCUCUCCUCAUUCGAGGAGUUCAUUCUCUGUUUCUUCAUUCACAUCAUGUCCCUCGUCUCCACCACCAUCAGCUGGACUGUCACAGACACCACUCAGGAGGAAGUCGAGACUCUUCUGCCUCACCUGAAGGUGUUCACGAGACUGCUGGAUGAGUACUGUCUACCUCUGAUGACUAGAGUGGCCUCCACUGCCAGAGAGUCACCUGAUCCCGUGGACUUCCUCAACAGACACCAGAAUAUUCUGACGGGCUUUCUCCUGAACGAGCUGCCCGCCCACAUGGCUCUGGUCAGCUGCCAUGUCUACAUCAUAGAGUAUGUCUGCUCCAUCGCCACAGCCUUCCUCAAACUGGCCCGCAUGGUCCACAGCGUCAUCUCCAUCCUCCCUCCCGAAACUGUCGAUUCGUUUGAGAGAGAGGAACUUGACUGGGAACCUAGAAACCUGAAACCAGAGGGGUUUCCUCUGACUCGGCUGAGGGAGAAGGAGGGAGAGCCAUGGAGGAAAGUCAUGGACCUAGAGAGAGCUCUCUGCUUCAGCUCCGCCAAGGUCAACAGCAUCGUCUUCAUGGGCAACAUGAUGACGAGAGGGAGGAGCUCGGAGCACGACUCUCUGAUGUACGGUGUGGCAAAGGGGAAGAUGAAGCUGCUGGAAUGCGGUGUGCUCAAUAGCGGAGGAGUCGGGGGCAACGAGGAGAUCAUGGAAGCCAUGAACCAGUGGGCCUCUCUCUGCAAGGCUCUGCCAGGAACAACAGACGGCCUCAGUCCUUGGACCAAGUGCAACGUCGAUUUUGAGGCCGUGAAAGCCAAACCGACGGGAAUGCCGUUUGUGCGACUUGUGAACUCGGUGAUGUGGGAGGAUGUGGUCCCCACGGACGUGAAGACUGCGCCCCCUCUGUUUGCUCUAGCUCUCGGUUGCGGUGGGAGGAGUGAAGUGGAGACUCUGUACCAGGACAUGCUGGACUUUGCCAGACACAAAGACUGGAACACUAGUUUUGAUGAGGAUACAGUUCCUCAGCUGCGGCAGGUCUCCUGUGCAGCUCUGGCUUGUCUUCUCAAACACACUGGGCUCUUUAACUACGCCCGCUCCACUCCCAGAGCUGAAGCAAAGAAGAGUUUCCAUGAUGUGUACAGAUGUGUGUUCAUGCUGCGUCGUGAUGUCUUUACUAACAGACCUCUUCCCCCUACCUCUUCAGGGCAGGUGGAUGAAGAGGAGCUGAAGAAGUUCACAGACACCUGCACUGGUAUCUGUGCCACUCUCUUCUUCCUCAUGGUCAUCCUCAACCCUGCCAUCCCUGAAGAGUCAGAUCGUAUUGUUCCCCAAAUUCCCUCGUCCAAGGCCUCCCCAGGCUCUUCCUCCAGUACUGAUGACAUCGGGAUGCGUUCCCCGGGGGCCAAAACCAAAUUCAGGACCCGUCCCGCCGGGAAACGUAUUCCGUCUGACUCCACCAUUCCCAAACAGAUAGAGGGUUCUCCAAUGGAUAUAAUACACAUCGUGUCUCCUACUAGAACUAAUUCUGGACCUGAAUCUCCUGGAGCAGCGUGGAGUCUGUCAUCGGUGAAGGUGGCCCUCUCUCACCUCCACUGGCAGAGAGAGAAGGUCCUGCGAUCAGACACUCCCCUACACCUCAAACUGGGAUCUACUCUAAUGGAGGUGGUGGGUGGAGCCUUCCACCUCCAGGAAGACCAUCUGUUCAACAGGACCAGGAUGGUCAAGGCUCUGCUCUCACAGCAAAAGAGGGGAGCUCACCGAGUGGAUGGUCUGGAGAGAAUAGUCAGUUUUAUAGACGAAGACGCAUCUCUACUGCUGACAUCCUCCAAACUCAUCUUCCUCACCGAGUGCAUUCCCCAUCACGUCCACUACUCCAGAGACAUCAUGGCGUCUCCCAGUAUCAUUCAGCACCAGGUGAAGACUCUGUACCACCGCAUCGUGCAGAGGAUACUGGAGGAGACUUUCCACACUCAGCCUGAUGACCUCAGAGACACUAAGGCGGUGAUUGGGAAGCAGAGACGGCUGCUGUUGGCUCUACAGUGGAUCAACUUCCCAGCAGACACGGACGACCUUCUCCUCCUCUUCUCUCUCGAUAUCUACUGGAAACUGGUGGUUCUGUGUGGACUCGUGAGCACAAAGAUAGAGGACGAUGUUGUGCUCCCUGACAGUCAGCUCACGCUACGUACAAAUCUCAGUUCACUCUUCCAGUUGGAGAAUGUGGCCCUUCGCACUGGUCAAAAUGCCGAUGUGCUCAAGUUCCAUCCCCAAAUCCUCACCAAUAUCUCAAACCACCUGUUUGGUGUCAUGGAAGGCUUUGUCAACACCAGUGAUCCAGUGGUGAGUGAGAGGUGGAAGAAACGUGGAGUAUCGGUGGAAGCCAUGGAGAUGAAACUGGGAAGAUUCCUCUGCUUUCUCAACACCCUCUCCUCCACCCACUCCACAAUCAGAGCCGUUCUGGCCGAGGACGGAUGGUUCACAUCGCUCGUGAAGAUUGUCAAUAUCGACACCACCACCGGAUUCCCCCACGUUGCAUCGUUGAAGACAAGGCUACUAGCGUUGCAGGUUCUGGGGACCAUCAUGAAUGAACUCACAGACAAAAGUGCCGAAACCACAGACAAGUGUGCCAAGACUAUAGACGAUCUGAUGGAUUUGAUGCAGCGCUGCAUGUUCCUUGCUCCACUGUCAAACUUCCAGCACAGCCUCAGCAGCGACGAGAGCAGCACACCAGUCAAACAAGUGACGCUGCCAUUUAGAGCAGAUGCCAGUCACCAGAACAACUGUACAGUGGUAGUGGAAGGUCAGGGAGUGGUGGCCCAGGGAAGUGGGGCCAACAGCUACGUACAGGGUCUGAUCCCUCUCACUAGUGGCAAACACACCUGGAAGGUGAGUGUUGAGAGUGAAACAGCUAUGUUCUGUGUUGGGGUGGCACACAAGCCUCUCUUCCAUGACAAUGGAAGCCCUGCAUUCUGGGCUCUGGAGGCACACACAGGUCGCCUGCUUCAUGCUGGAGACACCACGGAGGCUCUGUUCAUAGUGAAGGAGAAGGAUAGUGUAAUGGUCGAGUAUGAUGCUCGAGCGAGGACUCUUGCCUUCGGCAAGAAUGACGAGCCAUUGAGGAAGGGUUUUGAGAGUAUCGGGAAGGAGGGAGAGGACCUGUUUCCGUUUGUCUUGUUUGACAGGAGAACCUCUUGCAGGGUUAUGAUCCACCCCAUCACUCACUCCAGCCACUCUCUCCUGGCCCACGUCAAGAGAAGGGAGCAGGACACCUCUGGCUACCCCAACUUGAGUCCAGUCGGAGUCACUCUAGUCCACGCCAUCAUCAAUAUCAUCUACGACAUUCAGGACAAAGAGCCUUGGAAUAAAGCUAUCUCUCAGGUGGUGUACAGCCGACUGUGUGAGAUGGACGUGUUCAUGCAACAGCUGGCAGACAUCAGGGCUUCCCUGGACAGUUCUUCUUCCAGUAGAACUGCUGGUACUGACAGUCUCCUGCCCCAGUUAGCCUCUGUCCUUAGGAAUCUCCAACAGGUUGUGUGGCCAGUACUGACAGUGCUGGGUGGCCUUGACUCAGGCUACUGUCUUGGGAGGGAUUGUCAGAAAUAUGAGGAGAAAGAGACUAAGAUGGGGACUAUUGUGUCUGUUCCUGACGGGGAGAAGAAAGUGGAGGUACAAGAGCAGAUCACAUCCACCACUGCUCAGGUUGUUCGCAGGUUAACAAGACUGAAAGACCUGCAACUCCCGGUUCAGUCUCGCUUCUCUCUCUCGCUCAUCUUUGACAAGCUCACUCCAACCAUUCUCAUGAAUAUCACUCGCAUCGCGGGCUACGGCGAUGACACCCAGAACCACUUCAAGACCAUCAUGCACCAGAUACACUCCAAGAUGCACUUCAUUCCUACCACCCCACACCACAGCCUCCCCUACCAACAACUCUGUGAGAGCCACAUCCAAGUCGCUGCUGCUAAAUCCCUCCAGGGAAUCCUCUUCAACGAGAGCAUGAUAAAACUUCUUGACUAUCGCACGCCACUUAAAGACACUACUAGAGCAAGUGGAGGUGGCGGAGACAAGAGUUCUCUUGCUGUAGCAGUGAGGGAGAUACUGAUGUGUCUCGUUGCAAGGGCAAUCAAGCCUUCUCCGCUCAAAGUCGCACUGAGGCCAAUGGAGAUGGAGAGGAUUUUCUCCAUUGUCAGCUACGAGUGCCUCGGAGCUGUUUCUGAGUACAUGAGCAGCAGUGGUCACAGGCGACCUCAGCUAACAUCUCAACAGAUCGAGGCCACCAUCCCAGCCCCUGCCCCCGAGCACCUGGUGACAAGACCAGACACCCUGCCUCCGGAGAGACUCCACUUCAACUACUUUGAGGAGGACUUUCUGGACGCCUACUUUGCCAGGAAUGCCACACCGACCUACAUACACAACAUGAUGGAUAUGGGGUUCAGUCGUGCUCAGAUCAACCUUGCACUGGACAGAGUGGAGUUCCCAACCCACAUCACAGACCACGGUCGAAUGAACAUGCUAGUGACGUGGAUUGUGGAUCACCAUCAGGCGGCACAGGAGGAAGAUGCCAGGGCUCGCAGAGAACAGGAAGAGCAGAAUCGAGAAGAGGAACGUCAGAAGAGGCUGGAGGAGCAGAAGAAGAAAAUGGAAGCAGACCAAAAUGUGGCCGCCACUCAAUUUCUCUCUCUCUUUGGAGAGAUGAUAGAUGCUGAAGGAGAGGGGGAAGACUUUGAAAUGAAAGCUGUAGUCAAGAGAGACACAAGCCAUGCUCCUGAUCUACUAGAAGGACCCUCCAUAAACCACAAUCUUCCUGACAUGGGAAUACAAGGUCUGGAGGCGUCGCGAGAGGCUCUACAGUCGCUACUAUCGGCUCUCGGUCUCUCCCAGACAAACCCCACUCCUCGUCUCCACAAGUUCACGGAGCCGGACCAAAUGGGGGAGGCGUGGUCUCGCCGCGGCCGGGAAUAUGGGGAGCUCUUCGAGGCAACUCCAGACGGAACUCUAGUGGGCGGAGGAGACGAGGAGUUGGUCGAUGAGCACAUCCUGAAGAUUGGGCCGCAGUGCGAGGAGCUUGUCUCUCAGGCCAUCAAACUCCAAGACAUAGACGAGACUCUCUCUGCACUCCAGCGGCUCACCAGUGCAGUCCAGACACUCGUGGCGCGGAGGAUCACAAUGCUGGUCAUAGCCAGUCUCUCCACCGAUACGUCCCUCGACUUUGCCGAGCAUCUGCGCUCAGUGGGCCUUGUGAAUGUCCUCUCCCUCGUGAGGCUUCUUCGGCUGGUCCACGCCGGCAGGAUAGAUGGCACACCCGGCAGGCUCUUUGGCGUGAGAACUCCAUCCAGUCUCCUACCCAUCAAGGGAUUAGAUUGCCUCGCCUCGGCACUGACCACGGUAGUGUCUGACAGUCUGGAGGCUGGGUCCCAGCUGAUGCAGGCUUGUUCCCGUGAUCUCCUUACAGCCGCAGUGGGUGGGGCUAAACUCCUCCAGAGACCUCGGAGACGCCGACGGCGACGCCGGAACAAUGGCGAUGAUGACUCCAUUGAUCCAAACGAGAAGUCGGAUCUCGCCGUUCUCUCUAACCCAAACUUUGCCGUGACACAAAGCCUGGUGCAGACUAUGGCAGAAGCUGCAGGGAAGGCCGUAUUUGCAGACGACACUGGCGUCUUGCUCAUGACUGAUGCUCUCGCUGCAUGCCUCUUCUCCUCCAAGCUCGAGAGCCAGUACAGAUUCUGGGCCCUCGAGCAGCUGCUGAAAGUGUUUGCCACUUCAUCGCAGAGAGAAGGGGUGACUCAGCCUCAUCCAGAAUACCUUGUGCUACCCUCACACACUUCUGAGCUUGUUGGGCACACCGGGCAGGCAAUGGCAUGCUGCGAUGGUGGAAAGUCAAACAAGAUUCUCUCCAUAGGUGAAGACAAUGCUCUACUGGUGUGGAGUGAGGACAGAGGGCUCAACAAUCCUCAAGUCUUCCCCUUCCCAAAACUCACGCAAGGCUCAGGGUAUCUUCUCCCUGUUCUCACGCAGAGCAGCAAUGCGAUGUGUGCAGCUGGAGCUGUCAAUGACACCCUGUGUAUCUGGAGAGUCAAAGACGGGAUCACAGUCACCGAGACCUUCCCUGAACUCAUCACGGCUCUCCAGUGGAAGCCAGGCCAGAGAGACUCAGAGACUCCACUGCUGGUGGUGGGACUGCUGGGAGGUGACCUGGUUAUGGUGGAGAUCAUGGGGGCGAGGGUCAACAUGAGCCCCUCUCUCCAGCUCACCCGACUGGAGCACUUUGGCAGAGGAGCCAUCAGUGCCAUGGAGUGGUCCUCGGCUGGCUCACGGUUCGCCUGCUGCUCCCCGAGCGGAACCAUCCAGGUCUACUCUGGCUCAAAUAGAGAGUACGUGCCUUCCAUACGCAUCUCAGAGCUUCAGGUGACCUCUCUCUGCUGGAGCCCCGAUGAGAGGAUGCUCACCACUCUUGAACCCGAGGGAGAUGUGAAGCUAUGGGAUGUGGGUGGUGAGCUGCCGAGAGUGGUCCACAGCAUGGGACCCUACACUGUGGUCGCCUGGCAGCCUCAAGCUGGCAACAUUGGCACAAUGCUACUAGCUGGUGGGUGUCUGAAUGGUAGCAUCAACCUGUGGCUGGUGGACUAUCUCAGCCAAAUUGAGCCUCCUUUAGAAGAGGGUGUGGAGGAAGAGAAGUGGGGACUCAAGUUGUCAAUGGUGGCUACACUCACAGGGCAUCAGGCACCGCUCACCUCUCUUCAGUUCACUCAUUACACAGCGUCUCUCUUGGCCUCUGGGUGUCGUGGUGGCUCUGUCAGCAUAUGGGAUGUACAGCUAUUCCGUGAAAUGAAGAGGGUUUCCCAGUCGGUGGGUGAGGUCCUCAAUCUGACCUGGACCAGCAGUGGCCUCGCCGUCUGUUACACCAACUCAAAUACGGUGUACCUGAUUCCUCCUGGGGUGUCAGAGUAUGCCGGGGAGCGCUGUCUCCUCAACUGCUACCCAGUACUCCACAGCCACGGCAUCUCUGACCUAACCAAGGCUCCGUGUCUCUCCGCUCUGCUCAAGAACCUCCACCACAUCCUCCUGGACCAGUACACCUAUGAGGAAAAAGAGGUCCGUUCUUCGCAGCAGAUUGUGUUUUCGGAGUACCUACAGAUGCUGACGGCACUAACAGUGGGUCUCGGUCUUCACAGUGUCCUCAUUUCCCCUCCUCACCCUCCACACUUCACCUCCCCACCACCAGCACAAGAGUGGGAGUGGCUCAAUCAAUUCUCACAGGCUAUAAAGAUGAGUGAGUCUCUGAUGAAGCGAACGCCACUCACUGAUGAUAUUCAGGUUCCAGAGUCAAACAUGACCGAUCCUCUGACCAAAGAGGAAGAGGCUUUCCGCAGGGACACCAGUGUGUGGACUCUGACCAUGGACACCCAGAUCCUGGAGUGGGUGACGCAGCAGGCAGAGGACUGGUGGACGUCGCAGAGAUCCCACGUGUAUGUCUGGGGCAAGGGGCACUGGAACGUCAUUGGUCACUCCGGCAGAGAGAGGAUUCUCCCUACUCUACUGGACGAGUGGAAGGAUGUCAGAAUGGUGACAGCAGGGAGCUACUGUACAUAUGCAGUGAAGUUUGACGGGACGGUGGCCUCAGUCGGAGAGGGCUCGUACGGGAGACUUGGCCACAGCCACUCAGACAAUGCACGACUGCUGAACAACGUUGAAUCUCUUCAAGGUAUCCACAUAGUGGAGGUGGUGGCCGGAGUCCGAGUGACAACAGCCACAGAGGAGGGCUUCGCCAUAGCUCUGACCAACACGGGAGACGUCUACAGCUGGGGCCAGAGCUACCGCGGUCGGCUCGGCCACCCCACCGCCGACAACCAACGGACACCCAAACUGGUGGAGGCACUCGCUGGGAAAGACUGUAAACAGGUGUGGACUUGUGACUACCACACAGCCGUGCUCGCCUCCACCGGUCACCUCUACACCUGUGGAGCUAAGGAGAACGGGAAACUUGGACACGGGAACCAGGGGGCGUCAGGGAACAUUGGCCGCAUCACCCGAAUCACCAAGUUCCUGGACUGCGACGAGCAGACAGACAUGGAUGUCAAAAUUGGCUACGUUGCUCUGGGUCAAUCUUUCUCAAUUGCCAUCAGUGAAGACAUGAGGCAAGUGUUUGGAUGUGGCAAGGCAGACCAUGGAGUGUUGGGACAGAGAAACAUCUCUGGAGACCACCACAUCUUCUUCUACCUGCCUCAUCUGUCAGUGUAUGGACCGUUCAAGAAGGCUGCUGCAGGCUACCGUGCCACUAUCCUACUCAACACCAGAGGCCAAGUCAUAUUAAUGGGCAAGUUCUAUGACAAUGCUGGUAUAUCAGAGCCGGAGGUGGUGCAGUUCCCAAGCAAUGAGAGGGUGGUGGACAUACAGACUGGUUCGGGGUACAUUCUGGCCCUCACCGAGUCUGGCAGUGUCUACACGUGGGGAAAAAACUCCACUACUUCAUACGAGCUUGGGUACGAGCUGGCUAGUAACCAGACCAGUCCAAAGAGAGUGGACACACUAUAUGGACGGAAAAUCAGACAAAUUUCAGCUGGCGUGCGGCACUGUCUUGCUCUAGACACGCCUCCUCCAGCUCGCGGUGAUGUAAUGUUUGCCGUCCCUCUCUCCGUCCCAGCACGGUACCCAGCCCUGAGAGACCUGCCCUGCAAGGCCAUCCACGCUCGGCUCAUGCUCCUCAACCACUUUGCAAAGCUGAUGGUGGCCUCGUGGAAGCUCUUCAGCAUUCAAAACAUCAAGGGUGAAUCCACGAGAUUCAACAUCAACCCACUGCUGGACUCCAACAUCAGAGCCCUGAUUUCUCAGGUGUACGUGGAGGGAAUGAUGGCAGGCAUCAUGAGCAGAACCAUGAACAGCAAGACUCAUGGACCCACCAUCUCUGUCCAGCGCAUCACUGCAGAUGAGCGAGUCUCGAAGGCAGUAUUCCCGCAAAUAGCACAGCAGAUCCUGCAGAAGCCAGUGGUGGACUUGCGCUCAUCUUCACGGGCCUGGAAGGUCAACCUGAUUGGGGAGGGGGCAGACGAUGCAGGCGGUGUUUUUGACGAGACUAUGGCCCAGAUGUGUGAGGAAAUGGAGCAAGGUGAGGUGAAGCUGAUCAUCCCGACUCCAAACGGGACAAACAAGAUUGGUUUCAACACCGACCGCUAUGUCUUUGACCCAACCUGCACCUCCCCCAAAGACAUCCGCCACCUCAAGUUCCUGGGGCUCCUGUUUGGAGUGGCCAUGAGAACUAGGAAACCGCUGAACCUCCACCUCGCCAGACCCAUGUGGAAACUACUGGCUGGGAUGACUCUCACCACAGAGACUUGGAGCGGGUGGACCUGAUGUACAUCCAGACUCUCUACGGCAUCAGAGAUGUCCACAAGAGUGGCAUUGGAGAGGAAGACUUCUCAGAGAUGAUACCAAUUGAGUCAUUCGAGGCUCAGAGUAUGAACGGGAGAUUUGUGCCCAUCAUCCCUGGAGGUGGCAACAUGAGACUCACCUUCCACAACAGGAAGGAGUACGUGGAUAAAGCUCUCAAGUUCAGACUUCACGAGCUAGACCAGCAGGUGGCUGCAGUGAGAGAAGGCAUGUCAACCAUGAUACCUGUCCCCUUGUUGACCCUCAUGACCGCCAAGAACUUGGAGCAGUGUGUGUGCGGCAUGGAGGAGAUUGACAUCAUGAUGCUCAAGAAAGUUGUCAGGUACCGAGAUGGUGUGGAUGAAAAAGACCAGCUCAUCCAGUGGCUGUGGGAGACACUAACCUCCUUCACCAACGAGGAGAAGACCCUGUUCUUGCGGUUCGUCUCAGGCCGCUCUCGGCUUCCAGCCAGAGUCAGCGAGAUCCCACAGCGAUUCCAGAUCAUCAAGUGGGGCAGGGCAUUGGAUGCCCUCCCGACCUCCCAGACCUGUUUCUUCCAGAUACGUCUCCCCGAGUACACGUCUCAGGCGAUCCUGGCCGACAAGCUGCGCUACGCCAUCAAACACUGUCGCUCCAUCGACAUGGACAACUACAUGCUCCGUAGAGGACCCGACGAAUAUGAGGAGUAUGAAACAGAUGAAGAGUGGUAGCUGCUACUAUCUCUAUUGUGCUAUAAUACGCUACUUUUGUUAUACAGUCUUUUAAUAUACACAGGCUUCCAUAGCCAUAUUAAUCUUUUGGACGCCAUGGGUAUCUCCUUAAAUAAGCAG